CAUCAAUCAUCAUACAAAAUAUAAAAAAAAAUAUCUAAAAAAAAAAACACUAACAAACUACAACACUAAAACAAACAACAAAAAUUAUUUUAAAUGGGUGUCCAAUCAAAAACCCAACACGUUUGCAAUUGAAAUUGAAACCAAAAAAAAUAAAAAUAAAUAGCACCCCAUUCACCAAGAAGACAAAAAUUAAAUUUACGCAUGAAAUCCCUGAGUUUGGAUUCACCCGAAUCAUCAGAAUUACAUGGACAAAUGAGACGUAGACAACCGGCAGCCGGCCCCUCAACCACGGGUGCCUCCAGCAGUUAUUAUCAUGGAGGUUCGGGUGGCCAUUUAGAGCACAGUACACCACCAUCCAAUAAUAGUCGUUUGCAUUCUCCCUCUAGUCCCUCGCAUCAGGGUCGUAAGUUGUUGUAUGCCAGUCGUGGCAUGCGUGGCGGCAGUGUGGACUUACCCGAUGAAAUGGAAAAGUCGCAAUCAUCGGCCAGUACUUCACCCUGUCCCUCCCCAAAAUCACAUCGUCUGUUGCCCACAAAUUUAUAUGUCAUACUGUACAAUUUCAAAGCCAGACAUGCUGAUGAGUUGGAUUUAAAGGCGGGUUAUAAAGUUACUGUUAUUGAUACUUCGGAUCCUGAUUGGUGGAAGGGUAAAGUAUUGGGUCGUGUUGGCUAUUUUCCCUCCAAGUAUUGUGUGCGUUUGAAUGCCAACGAGAAACCUUUGCAAGUUACACACAAUUUGCAAGUGUCAGAUGGUGAACGUGGAGAAAAUAUGACUUUAUUAAGGGAUCAAAUUGUUAUUCAAACUGGUGACGAGGUUAAUGGUAUGGUUAUGGUACGCUCAGCUGACAAUCGUCAGGGCUAUUGCCCUGUCAAGUACUUGCAAGAGGUGUGACAGCCCGAAGACCCAUCAUCUGAACGCGAUAAACCGCCACACAAAUCUUCUUUGUCCUCGAAAUUGAUCGAUAAGACCAAACGUAAAAUACGCAUUGUCGUUACCGACAGCGGUGGCGGUCAAACCAAUUACAACAAUU